AUGAAUGUCGCACGAUUGGCCGUGCGACCUAGCGUCCUCGCGCGCAGGGCUGAAGGGACGCCCAAUGUCGCGAGUCGCCAGCAACCGCUCAAAUCCCCCUCUCGAUUCCUCCAGUUGCCUCAUGGCUCUCCCGUCGCAGACUGCUGCCCCCGCUUUUUCUCAACCUCCUCCGCCUUGUGCUGCGAAAAUCGCAGAACACCCGCCAGUGCAGACACUUCCGGAACAAAGACCGAAACCUCUCAAGACCGAUACUCGACGGCUCUGCGCCUGAACAAGGAAUGGGCUGCGCAGACAGCGAAAGAACAUCCGGAUCUCUUUCCAACCCUCGCGAACGGCCAGCAGCCGCAGAUUCUGUGGCUCGGUUGCUCUGACUCCCGAUGCCCCGAAACCAGCUUGUUGGGACUGAAGCCUGGCGAUGUGUUUGUGCACCGGAACAUUGCCAAUAUCAUGCAUCCGGGUGAUCUGAGCUCGGGGGCUGUCAUCGAGUUCGCUGUGCAGCAUUUGCGCGUGCAGCAUGUCGUCGUUUGUGGCCACACCUCUUGUGGCGGCGUGGCUGCUGCGAUGGGCAACAAGCAGUUGGGCAUUCUGGACCCGUGGCUGCUCCCUCUGCGGCAAGUGCGCCAGCGCAAUCUCUCAUUAUUACAGUCACUUCCGCCAGAGGAGGCUGCCACAAAGCUCGUGGAGCUCAAUGUGCGCGAGGGCAUGGACGUCGUUAAGCAGAAGGGGGUUGUUCUGAAUGCUAUCCUGGAACGGGGACUUCAGGUCCAUGGUCUGAUCUACGAUGUCGGCUCUGGGGUUCUGCGGGAGCUUGAUACAGAGGAUUCGGAGGAGGCUAUCAAGGCGCGGUUGACUGCCUUUGCUACAGAGGCGUAA